CAGUGCUCUUCCCGGCCAUUAUUUUUUCUCACUCAAUAGUUUGUUAUCUUCUCUGUCUUCUUCAAAUCGGUCCCGAAUUCGACUCUGUAUCGAGAGAGAAGGAGAUGGUAGAGAAGAUUCUAACUCCUCCAGUAGUCCACUGGAUAGACUUCGAGGCGUGAUGUCCCGUAUUUUUGGAAGAAAAGAUCCAUCUGAUGACUCGUCCGCGACUUGUCCACCUGAAAACUCGUCAGAAUCGUCCAUGUUACAUCAUAGAACUCCACCAGCUGAUACACAGCCAGUUGCUAAAUCAAAGGGCCCGGUCAUUAUAGAGCUAGAUACUGAUGAUGAGGGAGAUGUAGGGGGAGAAGCAGAAGAGGAAAAUUGUGGUGUUAAUGGUUCCAGAAUGAGCAAAGAAAAAGCUCAAACUAAUGCUUAUAGUAAUGCAAAUCCACUUGUUGAGCAUCCUGAUGACCAACCUGAUGCUGAUCAUAACAAGAGCAAAAGCAUAAGCAAGGACGUGGCUCAUAGGUUGAAAGCGAAGAAAAAUGAAGGAGCAAAAGCCCAGACUCAGAGUGUUAGCUAUAGAAGAGUAACAUAUGGUGGGAUAAAUGGGGCGUAUUACACCACCACUACCACGCGUAGGACGGGAAGCGAUGGAAUGGUUUUAGAGGACAGCAAACAAGCAGAUAUCACAACUGGUCAAGCAACCCAUAGAAUCUCUAGGGGCAUUCACGACAAGGGACACUCACUCACAAGGAAGCUUGAUUCUGAUGGCAAGGUGAACUCAAUGCAGACUUUGCAUAAUAUAGAAGAAGAUGAAUUAGCUAGUUUUGAACAGACAUGGAAAGGGAAUGCUGAUAAGCAUCUGCCCGGCUGGAACAAUGGGUUAGAUCUUCAUGCAAAUGCAGGAACAAGUAAUCAUUCAUUAACGAACUGGAAUCCUGGGUUUGGAGAUCCGUAUGGAGGUCUGAGACCAAAUGGCAAUAACCAGCCGGAGCCUUCACGUGGAAGACCAAAAAAGGUUGUCACAAUCAACAUAGAGUAAACGUCCAUACUGAGCACUUGCUUAGCUGCAGAAUGGUCUCCACGACGUCUCAACAGCUUGAGCCAUGUCUUAUGGCAGGAGAGAAUCAAUAGCAGUUAGUGUUACAUUUCUGAGAAGGAAAAUGUGUUGUUCUCGAUGCCAGUCCCCGAUUCAGGAAUUUCUUCUAAUCAUGAUUUCAGUAGUUAUAGUUCACUAUCGACUGACAGAGUAAUAAGGCAAUUUCGCAAGGAGUUUAGCUUUUAUCCACUGACAGUGUAAAAAUAACGUUCAGUUGAAAAAUUAACUGCAGGUAACCAUCCUGAAAGGUGCAAUUAGUGGCCUUAUAGACUAAUGAAAGAAUCGCCUCAAGCCAGAAAGCAACGGAAGUUUAUGAAUGAAAUAACGAACGAAUACUUCCUUUC